GGAGGCAAGUUUGCUAGCCAGCCCGCCCUCUCCUCCCGACCCGAACGGUGGCGGUGGCCACUCCCGCCCUAAAACCAGGUGCCUGCUGCACUUCCCUGGCUGGAAGAACUCAUCUGUGGCAGUGGCUGUAUCCAGGGCAGGGUUACUGUAGCAGCUUGCAGAGUGGAAAAACUGGUAUAUGCGCCUUCCUAUUGCAUCAAGAGCGCCUCAUCAGAAUUGGAAUAAGGCACCAGUUUCAGAACACCAGGAAACAUUUUAAAACCCAUUGCAGCUUGGUUAGUUCACAUUCCAUUUAUUGAUUGCUAGCCGUCCUAAAUUCUCUGGCCAUUAUUGCCUUCUAAAUUGUUCCGCUGAUUAUUUUCUCAAAGAGGGAAGAACUCCAAUUUCUGAAAGUAUUCCAAAGGAUUUACAGAAUUCGAUUAGUUCCAUAGAAUGCAGUUACCUAUAAACAACCUUCCACAUGUCUCCCCCCAGUUUGAUUUUUUCACUUUUAAAAACCUCUUGAAAAAAAGUUCAGAAAAAAUGGCAGCAGAAACUCAGACACUUAACUUUGGGCCUGAAUGGCUGCGAGCUCUGUCCAGUGGUGGGAGCGUGACGUCCCCUCCGCUUUCUCCAGCAUUGCCGAAGUACAAAUUAGCAGACUAUCGCUAUGGGAGAGAAGAAAUGUUAGCACUUUUUCUAAAAGAUAAUAAGAUACCCUCAGAUCUUCUGGAUAAAGAAUUUUUGCCUAUUCUACAGGAGGAGCCCCUGCCACCCCUGGCACUUGUACCUUUCACAGAAGAAGAACAGAGAAAUUUUUCAAUGUCUGUAAAUAGUGCUGCUGUCCUACGGUUGACGGGACGAGGCGGAGGAACAGCGGUAGGGGCUCCUCGAGGUCGAAGUUCCUCUAGAGGUCGAGGCCGAGGCCGAGGAGAAAGUGGUUUCUACCAAAGAAGUUUUGAUGAAGUUGAGGGUGGAUUUGGGCGAGGAGGUGGUAGGGAAAUGCACAGAUCCCAGAGCUGGGAAGAAAGGGGAGACAGAAGGUUUGAAAAACCAGGGCGAAAAGAUGCAGUGAGACCAAACUUUGAAGAAGGAGGGACAACAGUCACAGGGAGGAAGCACGAAUUCAUCCGUUCAGAAAGUGAGAACUGGCGGAUCUUUAGAGAAGAACAAAAUGGGGACGACGAAGACGGGGGCUGGCGGCUAGCUGGAUCACGGAGGGACGGGGAGCGAUGGCGGCCUCAUAGUCCAGACGGCCCACGUUCCGCAGGCUGGCGAGAACACUUGGAGCGGCGCCGAAGGUUCGACUACGAUUUCCGAGAGCGGGACGACGAACGAGGGUACCGGAGAGUGAGAUCCGGCAGCGGCAGCAUAGACGACGAUCGAGAUAGUCUUCCCGAAUGGUGCUUAGAGGACGCCGAAGAAGAAAUGGGGACAUUUGACUCAUCCGGGGCAUUUCUGUCGUUAAAGAAGGUUCAGAAAGAGCCCAUCCCCGAAGAACAAGAAAUGGACUUUCGGCCUGUGGAAGAAGGGGAGGAGCGUUCUGAUUCUGAGGGAAGCCACAAUGAAGAAGCCAAAGAACCUGACAAGACGGCCAAGAGAGAGGGAGAGAAACUGGAGAGAGUGGCAGAAGCAGCAGAAGAAACAGUCCAAACAUCUUCACCGUCUGCCACGCCGGGGACUCCGACAGCCCACGAGGCCCAGGAACCAGGGCAGACCAGCUUAUUUGAAAGAAAAGAGGACGCCAAGCCCGAAAGAACGGAAAAAACGGAAGAAAAGGAGAGCCGAGCAGAGAACCCACUACCGGCCAAAGCGUCGAGCAGAGGCGAAGAACUGGUUUCUACUGUCCAACCUUUGCCACAGAUUCCAGCAGACACAGCCUCUCCCGUUCUCCUACUUCCACCUCCUGUGACCAAUCCAAGCCCGGCCCUCAGGCCAGUCCAAACGCCGGUUAUUGGGGCCCCAGGCAUGGGCAGCAUUUCUGCCGAUCCAGAUGAUGAAGAGGGCCUUAAACACUUAGAACAGCAAGCAGAAAAGAUGGUGGCAUAUCUACAGGACAGUGCACUGGAUGAUGAGAGAUUGGCAGCAAAAUUGCAAGAGCACAGAGCCAAAGGGGUCUCUAUUCCGCUACUGCAUGAAGCCAUGCAGAAAUGGUAUUACAAAGAUCCACAGGGAGAAAUUCAGGGCCCGUUCAAUAACCAGGAGAUGGCAGAAUGGUUUCAGGCGGGAUAUUUCACUAUGUCCCUGUUGGUGAAAAGAGCAUGCGAUGAAAGCUUCCAGCCCCUCGGAGACAUUAUGAAAAUGUGGGGAAGGGUCCCCUUCUCUCCGGGUCCAGCACCCCCUCCACAUCUGGGAGAGUUGGACCAGGAGCGACUAAACCGACAGCAUGAACUCACUGCCCUGUAUCAGAUGCAGCACCUUCAGUACCAGCAAUUCCUGAUACAACAGCAGUACGCGCAGGUGUUGGCCCAGCAGCAGAAAGCAGCCCUGUCAUCCCAGCAGCAGCAGCAACUGGCUCUUCUCCUUCAACAGUUCCAAGCUCUGAAGAUGAGAAUAUCGGAACAGAACCUGAUCCCGUCCGUGACGAGGUCUGUGUCAGUACCAGACACUGGAUCAAUUUGGGAGCUUCAGUCAGCAGCCUCCCAGCCUGCAGUCUGGGAAGGUAGCAGCGUCUGGGAUCUUCCUCUUGACACUGCAUCUCAGGGACCAGCUCUUGAACAGCUGCAGCAGCUUGAGAAGGCUAAAGCUGCAAAGCUAGAACAAGAGAGAAGGGAGGUGGAAAUGAGGGCCAAAAGAGAAGAGGAGGAGAGGAAGAGGCAAGAGGAGCUCCGACGACAGCAGGAGGAAAUCCUGAGGAGGCAGCAGGAAGAGGAGAGGAAACGGCGGGAAGAGGAGGAGCUCGCCCGCAGGAAGCAGGAAGAAGCUCUACGGCGCCAGAGAGAGCAAGAAAUUGCACUGAGACGACAGCGAGAGGAAGAGGAACGACAGCAGCAGGAAGAAGCACUUAGAAGACUAGAGGAGAGGAGGAGAGAGGAGGAGGAGAGACGACAGCGGGAAGAAUUGAUACGGAAACAGGAAGAGGAAGCUGCAAAAUGGGCUCGAGAGGAAGAGGAGGCCCAGCGUCGGUUAGAAGAAAACCGGCUCCGCAUGGAGGAGGAGGCGGCCCGGCUGCGGCUUGAAGAGGAGGAGCGAAAGCGCAAGGAGCUGGAACUCCAGCGCCAGAAAGAAUUAAUGCGACAGAGACAGCAACAGCAGGAGGCCCUGCGUCGGUUGCAGCAGCAGCAACAGCAGCAGCAGCUUGCCCAGAUGAAGCUUCCCUCAUCUUCAACCUGGGGUCAGCAGUCCAAUUCCGGGGCAUGUCAGUCCCAGGCAACACUAUCACUGGCAGAAAUUCAAAAGCUAGAGGAAGAGAGAGAACGGCAGCUCCGAGAAGAGCAGAGGCGUCAGCAGCGGGAACUGAUGAAAGUCCUUCAGCAGCAACAGCAGCAACAGCAGCAACAACAGCAGAAACUCUCCGGCUGGGGCAAUGUCAGCAAGCCUACGGGCGCUGCCAAGUCACUCCUGGAGAUCCAGCAAGAAGAAGCCCGGCAAAUGCAAAAGCAGCAGCAGCAGCAACAACAGCAGCAGCCGAACAGAGUUCGCAAUACAACGCAUUCUAACCUGCACACCAGCAUUGGGAAUUCCGUUUGGGGCUCUCUAAACCCUACCCCCACUAGCCAGUGGGCAUCUGACCUAGUGAGCAGUAUCUGGAGCAAUGCCGAUACCAAAAACUCCAACAUGGGUUUCUGGGAUGAUGCAGUGAAGGAAAUGGGACCUAGGAAUUCAACAAAUAAAAACAAGAGCAAUGCUAGUCUCAGUAAAUCUGUAGGUAUGUCCAGCCGACAGAAUAAGAAAGUAGAAGAGGAGGAGAAGUUGCUGAAGCUCUUCCAAGGGGUUAAUAAAGCCCAGGAUGGGUUUACCCAGUGGUGUGAACAAAUGCUUCAUGCACUUAACACAGCUAACAACUUGGACGUUCCCACAUUCGUUUCUUUCCUGAAGGAAGUGGAAUCUCCUUAUGAGGUCCAUGAUUACAUCAGAGCCUACUUAGGAGAUACCUCUGAGGCCAAGGAAUUUGCCAAGCAGUUUCUUGAGCGCCGUGCCAAACAGAAAGCAAAUCAACAGCGGCAACAGCAACAGCAACAACAACAGGAUUCUGUAUGGGGAAUGAACCACAGUGCACUCCAUUCAGUCUUUCAAACCAAUCAGAGCAACAACCAACAAUCCAAUUUUGAGGCUGUGCAAAGCGGCAAGAAAAAGAAGAAACAGAAAAUGGUUCGAGCAGAUCCCAGUUUGUUAGGGUUUUCCGUGAAUGCUUCAUCAGAGCGACUCAACAUGGGAGAAAUAGAGACAUUGGAUGACUACUGAGCACAUGCAAAUGGACCGGCCUUUUCCUAUAUCUGUUAACCAUGGAUUCUCCACCUUUGGAUACAGUACUUCUCCACCGUUUAUUUUCUGUUCCCCCUUCAACGAAUCACAGAACCGAUCAUCUCAGGCUUUCUCUUCUAGCCCUUUCCACCCAGGACUCCGCACGGCCCUCGUCGGCGUAGAUGCCAAGCAAUAGACAAAGCCGGCGUCUCUGUGUCGAUCGGGUGGGUGGGAGUUGGGAUUCUUCCGCCACAAGGCUGAUCUGCGGGCAGCAAGUAUUCACUGUGCUGUGAUUCUUUCUGCUGUUCUCUAAAAAGCCAAUUGGGAUCUGCCUGCCGGCAGCUUCCUUUCCCCUGGUCACUUUUUUUGGGAGGCGGGUGGUGGGGGGCGGGGAGGGAGGAGGGAGGGAAGGGGCGUUCCUUGUGCAAUCACAGAAUUUUUGGUUAACAGAUGUCAGUGAAUGACAGACGCCACCCGGAUUGCAACUUCGCCGUUCCGUCGGGGCGAAACGGUGCUCUCCCAAACCCAGGAGUUGCAUUGAUUAAAGCUAACUUUUGGAUGGCUCCAGAAAGGGCUUGGGUGGGUGGAGUUUCGCUUGGAUAGGUUUGAAGUUGCCCUCUUUCCCCCUCCCUCCCCCCUCCCCUGACCUUUUCUGAGCAUCAGUUUUGAAAGGAAAGUUCAAGGUUUUCUUCGUCAGACAGUGAUGUCAAAGCAAGUUGAGUUCUCCCUCUGGCACACUCCCCCCUUCCCAGACAAAGGGGAACUCGGUGAUCCGGGAGAAGGAUGAUUUUAAAAACGAUUCCUCCAUCUUAUCGAUCGUUCCCGUCCAUAUUUUUACUUCAGAGGAAUAGGACCGUUUUAUUUUGGGCCCUUCUGCUAAGAAUUUGUCUCGUUUAAGAGGCCUCUCUUUACCAUUUGUAUGUAUUUGUAAAGUUUCACUUUGGUCGGGGAUGUCUUUGGGCUCCUGAGCACACAACCUUCAGAACUUCACCCGGUCUCUCUUGGCAGUAGAAGCAUCUUGCUGCCACCCCGAAAAGGCUGCAGUCAGAGCUCUAGGAUGCCCUCUUGUCUCGCCCGCCCCUGGAACGAGAUCGAGGAAUAAAGGCGCCGGCCACCUGGAUACCUGCGGGAUCUUUAUUCCUGGAAACCACUAACUAGGAAGACGAGGCGAAUGGGGGAGAAGGAAGGCCUGGGAACGCUGGUUGGCUUUAUCUUCUAGCCUUCCGAUUGUGGUCCCUUUCCCUUAUACUUCAGACGCCAUCGGAUGGGUUGGUAAUCUCUCGUCUGUCCUUCCUCAGUCGUCGAGAGUUAAACGAAACCCCUAGGCCCCAUCCCCUCCUCUGGAAAUUGCCAAAUACACAUACAAUUCCAGCCUCUCUCCUCCUCCACCUCCUCCUCCUCCUCCUCCUCGCUCCCAAAGAGUUGGACUGUGCCUGGGGGAGAAGUGCCGCAGUUUGGGUGGAGCUGUAUAAAGCACCUUUUCUUUCCUCUGUCAUCACUGCCUGAAGAAGAAGGCUUGAGUUGCUCUGAGAGCAGUCUGGCUUUGGAUUAUUUUGUUUGGUUUAUGUUAUUUUUAUUUUAUUUUAUUUUUUUUUUUUUUGAAUCACCAUCCCCUCUCUAUCCCGUCCUCCCCCCCGAAUAUGUACAGUAACUAUACAGAGACUGCUGCAAACUUGUAUAUAGUUUUUGGAUCCAAUAGCUUGGUGAGCCCGGGAGCCGUCUCGAGUCCGGCCUCCUAAUCUCCUCUGCUUUGUAAAUUCAUAAAGGGGGGAAGAGGGAUAGUUAAAAUGUUUACAAAACUUUAAGCUCCCUCAGAACUUUUGCCAGUGUGGAGAAAAAAAGAGAGAACUUAAAUAAAACCUGGUUGUAUUAUA